UAUGCAGACUCCUAUCCAUAAGACGGCGGCGGCACGCACGCCAAGUCCAGCCGCCUAUUGCAUAAUUCCGCCAUGGCGUGGUCGCCGCCAAGAGAACGAGCCGUCGCACGCGACAGGUGGUGGCGCGUCGCCGUCGCGCAUUUCAUUGAUUCAUUCGCUCGGCGUGUCCAGACGUGCGCGGUGCUCUGUCCACAGACGGGCCACUCUCGUCCGAAUAAAACAUAGUACGCGUUGGUAUUUUAUCGUCGUCGUCGCCGUCGUAUAGUCGUAUUUUUUUUUUAAUAUUGACGAUCCCGAAACGGCUGUCAUCUGUUAUUACUGCGUUUUAUAACUUUCGUCGUCCACCAUGCGAAAUCCGCCACCACCGAUAGUAUUAUAAUAUUAUUGUUCGUAUACCGCGGUUACCGCACGCCUGCGAUAUCAAACGGCGGCACCGCGUGAGACGACCGGAAACAUGAUCAGUUCAUAUCAGAACUUCAGCGGCGCCGCCGCCUCCGCCGCCGCGUACAACCCGAUGGCAUACAGCCACCACGCUGGCCACGGACAACACAUUCAGUCCAUGUACGGCGGCAACGUGGCCGUGGCCGCGCACCAGGCCGCCUACAACGGUGGCCAGCAGCCUGUGGCCUACAACGCCGGCCAGCAGCCGGUGGCCUACCACCCGGCGGAUUACGGGUCACCGGUGCCGCCGCCACAGCAGGCCAGGUACUACGAAUCGCCCAACAGGCCGCCGAUGACCACGCCAGAACCGCCGAACCGCAAGAAACCCGUUCCGCAACAGCCGCCCGUCCAGUUCACCAGAGUCCAAGGCGGAGUGCCCGGAGGUAAGACUUCGCUGCACGCGGUGCUGGACUACGACGACGACGAAGAAGAGGAACCAGUAGAUUACUACGACGAAACGUACAGUCACAGCGGAGUGACGCCUAUCCAGGGUCCUAUAUUUUUAAGAAAUGGUUCUGUGCCGGUCGUGCCGUUGUACGGUUACCAAAAAGUGAGCAACGGAUCUUUGCUGCAGAUACCGGUAUUUUGGACUGCUCUUUCAUUUGCCUUAGGAUAUGAAAUUGGAGGAGAUGUGAUUCGUGGAACUCCGUGUAUUAAAAGAAAUCACCAAUUGUUUUGUCCGACAGCAGGAAAAAGUUACCCAGUAGACCGAAUCGACAGAUUUAUCGAUGAAAAUAAAGCGCUCAUGAAACGAAUGUAUGGCGAUUUCGAAAUGAUGGAGAACGGCCCAUUCCCCAAGGCAAAAAGAUCGACAGCUCGGAAAAGAAGACAGGACUCUAGUUUUUCGGACAAUCAAUCGAAACCGAAUAAGCUUCCGACCAGAGGCCAGCCUGCCGACUCUGGAAGGGUAGACUCUUGCGAAUCUAAAGUAGAAGUGGUCACUCCGUAUUGGGCUUCAAACAGCGUGGGUAAGACCAGAGCGAUCGUUAACACCGAACACUUCGAACAAGCUAUUCAUCAAGAAGUCUGCACUAAGACGCUGACCGGACGCUGUUCGGGGGACUGUGGAUGCGAACAAAAGUAUAAAUGGCACAGGCUGUUAGCGUACGAUCCCGACAAUGACUGCAAAGGGAUAUUCAUGGAUUGGUUUUUGUUCCCGUCUUGCUGUGUGUGUCGAUGCGAUUCGGCAACCCCGAACAAUGUUUAGCGAAGAUCAUCAUUGCAUGUCAACUUUGUACUUAUUAUAUUAUAUAAAUAUUACAUAUAGAUAUAUAUUUAUUAUCCUUUAGUAUAACUGUUUAUAGGAAUAAUAGUUAAUACCUAUGCUUAUAUUAUAAUAUUUCGUAUACUUAUAUUUAUAUAUUCAGUGCCUAUUUAAUAGAAUAUGCUUAUCCACGUACGUCUGCGUAAUAUUGUCACUCACGCGUGUUUAAGAUAUUUGUGUUUGGUCUUGGAAAUAAUCCUCUUAUGAAUAAUAAAUUAUAAACGUUUAAAUUUAUAAUAUUUUAAUAAGUAUUUGAUAAUAUAUUAAAAUAUGUUGGUUAUACCUACUCAUGAAAUACCAAUUUCACUAUAGAAACUAUAAUAUUGUAUAAACAUAAAUUAUAGGUAUUAUAGGUAUUAUAAAUGAUUACUUUAUACAUAUUAGCUGGUUAACCUAAUUUAAAUCUCUUUAUAGUUUAUAUAUAGUUUACUAGCUGAUCCCGUGUACUUUGUUGCCCGUAAAACUGGUAACGAUCAAAAAAAUUAUGACAUAUAACACGGUUAAUUUGGAUAUUGAUUAUGGAGCAGUUAUUAGACGACCAGUAACAGGUUAUCCGUGUCAAAUUAUGGAGGAUAACCGUUGAAGAUACAAUUUGAAAAUAAAAAAAGACAGUGAUGAAGAGGCGAUACCAUAGGUGAAAAUAGAGUUUGAGAUUUGGGGGGUGGCGCUAAAGCCUUACUUUGAUAAUAUUGAAUAAACUCAAAACAAAAUUUAGGACAUUUUUGGGAGCUUAGCCCCUAACCCCCCCCCCCUAUUUGCGCAAUACUACGUCACCUACAUCAAUUGGUUAUAAUUACCAAUCAAAUAUAAAUAUAAAAUUACAUUCUGGAAAUUUUACGUUUUCUUGUCAACAAACUUGUAGUGCCUAAACAUAUUAUUGGCAAUUACUAUUAAAAACCCCUCCUACGAUUAUUACAUAUGAAUUGAGAAUCAUAUUUUGUAAACUGAUAAUAUUUAAUAAUCAAAUUAUUAUUUAUAAACUGUGAACAUUUUGAAUAAAAUUACUCAAAUAAUAUAGUCCCAAA